UUUCCAGGCUGCGGGUGCUGGUGGAAUAUAGGGCUCAUGUGAUCCGUCACAUGAUAGCCGAUCUGCAGAAAGGUGGAAUGGAACAGCGAGUCUGCCUCCUAGGGGUCCUGGCCCUUGCUGUUGCCGCCAAAUGCAGUUACAGCCCGGAACCCGACCAGCAGCGGACGCUACCCCCAGGAUGGGUAUCCCUGGGCCGUGCAGACCCUCAGGAAGAGCUGAGUCUGACCUUUGCCCUGAGACAGCAGAACCUGGAGCGACUCUCUGAGCUGGUGCAGGCUGUGUCGGAUCCUGGUUCUCCUUACUACGGAAAAUACCUAACCCUAGAGGAUGUAGCUGAACUGGUGCAGCCAUCACCACUUACCCUCCGCACGGUCCAAAAAUGGCUCUUGGCGGCUGGAGCCCGGAACUGUCACUCAGUGAUCACACAGGACUUUCUGACUUGCUGGCUCAAUGUCCGACAGGCAGAGCUGCUGCUCUCUGGGGCUGAGUUUCAUCGCUAUGUGGGGGGACCUGCAGAGACCCAUGUUGUAAGGUCCCCACAUCCCUACCAGCUCCCGAAGGCCUUGGCCCCCCAUGUGGACUUUGUGGGGGGGCUGCACCGCUUUCCUCCCACAUCAUCUCUGAGGCAACGUCCUAAGCCACAGGUGGCAGAGGCUGUUGGCCUGCACCUGGGGGUGACCCCAUCCGUGAUCCGGGAGCGAUACAACUUGACAGCCCAAGAUGUGGGCUCUGGUAGCACCAACAACAGCCAAGCCUGUGCCCAGUUCCUGGAGCAGUAUUUCCAUAACUCCGACCUGGCAGAAUUCAUGCGCCUCUUUGGAGGAGGAUUUGCACACCAAGCCUCAGUAGCCCAUGUGGUGGGGACACAGGGCCGGGGCCGGGCCGGGAUCGAGGCCAGCCUGGAUGUGGAGUACCUGAUGAGCUCUGGCGCCAACAUCUCCACCUGGGUCUACAGCAACCCCGGCCGGCACGAGUCACAAGAGCCCUUCCUGCAGUGGCUCCUGCUGCUCAGCAACGAGUCGGCCCUGCCGCACGUGCACACCGUGAGCUACGGCGACGACGAGGACUCCCUCAGCACCGCCUACAUGCAGCGGGUCAACACCGAGUUCAUGAAGGCUGCGGCUCGGGGUCUGACCCUGCUCUUUGCCUCAGGUGACAGUGGGGCUGGGUGCUGGUCUGUUUCUGGAAGACACCAAUUCCGCCCCAGCUUCCCUGCCUCCAGUCCCUAUGUCACCACGGUGGGAGGCACAUCCUUCCAGAAUCCUUUCCGAGUCACAAAUGAGGUUGUUGACUAUAUCAGUGGCGGUGGCUUCAGCAAUGUGUUUCCGCAGCCUUCAUACCAGGAGGAAGCUAUAACCAAAUACCUGAACUCCAGUCCCCAUUUGCCACCAUCCAGUUACUUCAAUGUCACGGGCCGUGCCUACCCAGAUGUGGCCGCACUCUCUGAUGGCUACUGGGUGGUCAGCAACAGCGUGCCUAUUCCAUGGGUGUCGGGUACCUCGGCCUCUACUCCAGUGUUUGGAGGACUCCUAUCCCUGAUAAAUGAACAUAGAAUCCUCAAUGGCCGCCCCCCUCUUGGCUUCCUCAACCCAAGACUCUACAAGCAGCGUGGGGAAGGACUCUUUGAUGUAACCCGUGGCUGCCAUGAGUCCUGUUUGAAUGAAGAAGUGCAGGGUGAGGGUUUCUGCUCUGGCCCUGGCUGGGAUCCUGUGACAGGCUGGGGAACUCCCAACUUCCCAGCUCUGCUGAAGACACUGAUCAACCCUUGACCCUUUCCUGCCAAGGGAGUGGGCCUGGCCCAUCUCAGCUGUGGCUGGGUCACUUAUUCUGCACUGUUGGAAGCCCUGCUGACCCCCAACUACCUGCUGCUGAGAGUUUAUCUCCCUAACCCUGAAAUGCUGUGAGCUUACCUUCCCUCCCAGCCCUACCCUGCACCAGCACACUCAGGUCUCCCUUACUCCUGCCUCAUGUUCCUCUACAGUUACUCUAACUAGUACUAUUCGGGAGUUUCCCUGCUCUCUACCCCACUGCUUGUCUUUUCAACCAGGUUUUCC